UAGUUUCAAAUCGCAUUAGAAUAAGUGUUAGAAUAAGAGGAUUUUCAGCUGUUACAAUUUGUUAUUGAAUUUUCUCAAAGAACAUUCCGACAAUGGGGGAGGUAGAGCGAGACGUUCCCACUAGAGUGUUAUUGAAUGAAGAAGAACUAGCUAAUCUUGACAAGUCCCAGUUCCUCCAGCAUUGGACAAAGCAAGAAUGUUACAUUACUUGGCUAGAGUCACAACUGUCCUCUGCACAAAUUGCUUCGGCUCCAGUUCGGGAAUUUGAAGAAAAACUGAAACAUUCAAUUUCUUCUGAAUGUGGUCGCAGAGAAAGUUUUCUUUUAAUGCGUUUGAACACUAAAGAGCAAGAAAUUCAGGAUCUAAUAGUCCAAAUUCAUGAACUGAAAGCAUUGCAAGCUGGUAGCUCAACAUCCUUGAGGUCUUCUCUGUUAGACCCUGCAGUCAAUGUACUAAUUCAACAUCUUCGGGGGGAGCUUGAUAAGUCCAAAUCAGCACUGGAGGAGACCCAAAAUGAACUCAGUGCAUGGAAGUUUACUCCAGACAGCAAUACAGGAAAACGAUUAAUGGCAAAAUGCAGACUCCUUUACCAAGAAAAUGAAGAAUUGGGAAGAAUGAUAUCCUCUGGCAGACUGGCAAAGCUUGAAGGUGAUCUAGCACUGCAGCGAAAUUUUAGUGAAGAAAUGAAGAAAUCCCAGUCAGAAUUAGAUGAAUUCUUAUUGGAAUUAGAUGAAGACGUUGAAGGCAUGCAGUCAACAAUCUAUUUCUUACAGCAGCAACUACGCCAAACACGGGAUCAACUAGUUGCAGUUCAAAAGGAGAACGAAAUUCUUCGAAAUUGUGGUGGCCAUGUGGAUGGUGUUAUCCAAAUUGAAGCGCAUUCGCCAGAAAAUCUUGUCGAUAUGGAUAAUUCGCGUAAUCAAGGAAGCGAAAUGGAUGAACAUUCAUUUCUCCAACAAAAUGCUACCGAUCUCCCUAGUAUUGUCAGCGAUCGGUGUAAUGGCCCAGUUCAGCCAUCUUUUCCCAACGAUUAGUUUAUACGCUUUUUUUUUACUAUUUAUCGAUACUUCGCUUCAAAACAGUAAAGUGUUCAUUCGGUUGUCGUUGAGUUGUUUAAAGUUUUCUAAUAAUUAUAAUAAGGUAUAGUAUAAUCGCUUAUACUACUUACCUUAUUAAUGAGCCUAGAUCACGAAAAUGAUUUUUCGUACAAAACAAUGUCCUAGACUGAAUGGAAUUUGCGGUAACCAAUGUCUUACUGUGAAAAUAUAUUAUAAUUUUUCUCGAUCAAA